AUGGCGAACCGGCGGAGCUAUGCCACCGGCACUGGCGGACAGGGAAGCACUGCCCCGAACAAAAACUGGUUGAGGCUAUCGAUCCUGCUUGGAAUACCAGCAUCGAUUUUCUUCUGGCAAAAAUCUCAGACAUCAAACCCCAAAGAAUCCAAGCAAGGCGACGAGCGCAAUCAAUCUUCACGCGACUAUGACAAGCCUCGCUCAAGAGGGGAGCAAGGCGGCACUGGGAGUAUGUCGUUCAAGCAGGAAGGCCUGUCUAACACCAACACCUCGAACCCAUUUGUCAAUGAGCCAGGCUUAUCUCAGAAAGGAGAAGGAGAAACCGAGACUGCGAAGGUGAAAGGAACAGUUCAGCAUGACCGCCCACAAGUUUGA